CGAGCCGUCCGUCCAUCUUCUGUCCUCACUUCCCUCCCCGCGCGGUGCAGCCCGGCCGCAGCGGCGAUGCGCCUCAUCCAGAACAUGUGCACCAUCGCCGAGUACCCCGCCUCGGGCAGCACCGCUGCCGACUGCUGCCUGGGGGCCGCCGGGCGCCGGCUCGUCAAGAUCGCUGUGGUGGGGGCCAGCGGCGUGGGCAAGACCGCGUUGGUGGUCCGGUUCCUCACGAAACGAUUCAUCGGAGACUAUGAACGGAAUGCAGGUAAUCUCUACACGAGACAAGUCCAGAUCGAAGGAGAAACCCUGGCCAUUCAAGUUCAGGACACUCCAGGCAUCCAGGUGCAUGAGAAUGGCUUGAGCUGCACCGAGCAGCUGAACCGCUGCAUCCGCUGGGCAGACGCCGUCGUUCUUGUUUUCUCCAUCACCGACCACAAGAGCUAUGAACUCAUUGGCCAGCUCCACCAGCACGUGCAGCUCCUCCACCCGGGCACGCGGCUGCCUGUGGUGGUUGUGGCCAACAAAGCUGACCUCUUACACAUCAAACAGGUUGACCCUCAGCUUGGACUGCAACUGGCCGGCAUGCUCGGCUGCUCCUUCUAUGAAGUGUCCGUCAGUGAAAAUUACAAUGAUGUCUACAACGCUUUCCACGUCCUCUGCAAAGAAGUGAGCCACAAACAGCAGCCCAGCAGCACACCCGAGAAGCGCAGGACCUCCCUCAUUCCCAGGCCCAAGUCGCCCAACAUGCAGGACCUGAAGAGGAGGUUUAAGCAGGCUCUGUCUGCCAAAGUGAGGACUGUCACAUCUGUCUGAGGCAGGACUCCUGAAGGGGUUUGGUCUUCUGGGCAGAGGGCCUGAGGUUCUUCUUGGGCGAGACCAUUGCAGGCUGAUGGCAGUUCAUGGUUCCAGAAAAGGCUGCAGCAGAGAGGCCUCAGGGGCCCGUGGAAUUCUGCACAAAAAGGAAGUGUUUGGAGCCUGAGGACAGAUGGACGGAUAUGUGACUUCUCUGCUUUAUAAAUGAUGGGUCAGUCCCACAAAAUGCAUUGAUGUGAGUUAGGGUGGGGAUGAGAGCACAGGAUAAGCAUUCACAGGCCUCUUCCUCCUCCUCCUCUUCCUCCUUCAUUUAUUUUCUCCCAAGAGUAAGGUUUGCUUUUCUUGGUGUCUCCAACAUGCUGUCUUUUCUAGGAUGCUUUUCUGACUUGAAGGAUACCCAGGUUUCUUUAAGAACAAGGAGGGACCCCUCCCCACUCCAUAAAGGUCAAAUUUUAGACCAAAAUAUUCAGUGUACGUACAGGCACCUGUGGGCUGUGGUCUGCAGGAAGGUGCUGGUCUCCUGACACAGGAUGGGCGUAUGUAUUGAGUAGCUGUGAAAACUCAACCCUGUUCUGCCCCCUGUGACACUGUACAGUUGUUUGUUGUUUUUUUUCUUUCAACUGUGGCAUCAGGUACAGAAAAAAAAAAGUGUUAAUUGAUGGUGGUGUGGUUUUCUGUACAUGACUCACGGCAAUGACGUUGGGUUGCUCCCUGGGCCUGGCUGAGUUGUGGCUGUGGGUGACUGAGAUGCUGUCUUGCAGAGUGGCCAGAUGCAGGGGCUACCUGCCGAAUCCCCUACACAGAUGCACUUUAAGAAGCCAUUUACACUUUGGCUCAAACUGUAAUUAAUUUAUUUUAUGUACAAUAAAUCUCUCAUUUGAUAAGAGCAGACGUCUGACUGAGUCUUAAU